UUCUAAACAGAUUAGCCAGUUAAAUGUAUAGCUAGCUACUUAAUACAAUCUCCUACGUUAUUAUAAUUAUAUUUUUAUUACGGACCUUGUAAAUUAAUGUGAAUUUUAAACGUCAAACAGAGCAAUGAAUGGGAGUACAAACCCGCUUUUGGACAAAGAAGAACAUGUUUUAAAGCUCGGAGACAGCUUUGAAAAGAGGCCAAAAUCGUCAUUUCACACCAUCAGAUAUGAUUUUAAACCCGCUUCCAUUGACACAACCUGCGAGGGAGAGUUGCAGGUCGGAAAAGGGGAGGAAGUCACAAUCACAUUACCUCACAUUCCAGGCUCAACGCCACCCAUGACAGUAUUCAAAGGGAAUAAGCGGCCAUAUCAGAAAGACUGUGUUCUUAUCAUCAAUCACGACACUGGGGAGUACAUGUUGGAGAAGCUGAGCAGCAGUAUUCAGGUCAAGAAAACCAGAGCAGAGGGCAGUAGUAAGAUCCAGGCCAGGAUUGAGCAGCAGUCGGUGCGCGCAGCUGCAACCCAGCCUCCCGCACAAUUCCGUGCCCCAACCAAGCCAGGUGUGGGGACCAAGACCUCCCCCUCCAAGGACAAUCCAUCUCCUGAGCCCCAGCUGGAUGACAUCAAGAGAGAGCUCCGAGCCGAGGUGGAGGUCAUUGAACAGAUGAGCAGCAGCAGCGGCAGCAGCUCGUCUGACUCCGUCAGUGGCUCUGGCAGUGGGGAUGACAGCUCCAGCAUUGAUGGGGAACACGAAGCCCCUCAUCCCCACCCGCUCCCUCUACCCAACAUCCAGGCCUCGCCCAACCGCAACGCCGCGGCCAACGGAGGAGCUGACCGCCAGCAGGGCAGCAACCAGCUGAUAAACACGCUUAGGAAUGACCUCCAGCUGAGCGAGUCGGGCAGCGACAGUGACGACGACUGAACUGUCCUGCUAUUCUCUGUCCACCUCUCUACCUCUCAUUGCCACACCAUCUCGCUUUUCUCUUCGCCUCGUUCCUUCAUUUCGUUGCUGCGGCAACCAACCCAACUAUAAUGCCUGAUUGUGCUGUAUAGUUUUUUUCCUCUGAGAAGCUAGCCAACCUGGAGGUUCAAUAGUGUAUUUUAUAUUAGCUGUGUAUUUUGUUUUGUAUUUUUACAUCCAUUUACAUAUGAAAACAUGCUAAAGAAUAUAUUUUAGAAUGCAUAUACAUAUUUUCUGUACUUAGAGCUCCUAGUUUUAUCAACUUGUAUCACAAGUCUUGGUUGUUUUCUUGGUUCAUCACAGGGGGAGGGGCUUAUUUUCACUAUAUCUAUCCCGUCCUCCAGAUCAGUCUGCAAAUCAUAAGAAAGCACCAAAAGCUUUCACCUAUUCAAUUUCCUAUCAGUAUCAUGACUUUCACAAGUCUUUUAAGAAGCCAGAAUAUAGUUCACAUCAGUCUAUCCAUCUUACUACAAGCUAGAUAUGAUACCACAUACUCAUGUUAAUGUUACUUACAGCAACGUCUUACCAAUUACAAAAGUUAAUAUUCAGCUGUUGUGGAACAGGUAAAUAUCAGUGUGGUAAAUGGUAGCAAAUAAGCUUGGGUAAAUCUUCGGUGCAUUUCAAAGUACUUAUAUUGUGUAUAUUUUGCAUUGGUUUUAACAGUUUUGACACAACCGUUAAAUGCCACUCGUACCCAGUACUUUGAGUUCACCAUAGGGUUAUAACUAUUCAAAGUAAUAGUAGUCACUUCAUGAGAUCACAUCAUUUAGGUACUGCUAUGAGAGUCAGGGUUAUUUGAUACUGUUGAAGAGCCCUAGUCCAAAUGUAACGAGAAAAAAUAUCCUGAUGUAUCCUGCAUACUGUUGCAACAUUGCGGCUGUGUCCCCAACAAAGGCUGUCUCCAGUUAAGCCCAGAUGUGUUAGGUGCUUAACUGGUAUUUAACUGGUGCGGUUAUGCGCUUGGGAAAUGAAUCACGUGAUGGGUACUACAGAAGGUUGGAUCAGUGAACUUAAAUAUCUAAAGAUAUUUGUCAUUUGUCCUCUGGCAUUCAGUCUUAUUUGUGACACACGUUGUCACUCUACUGGUGCAAUCUGUCAUCUAUUCAUCAAGCUGCUGUACUUUUUUCUCAAGUGUUUUUUUCAAGUGUUUUUGUGGAUAUAAAGUAUAAUAAAGUGUGCAAAUGUAUUUACAUGA